AUGGUUCAAGAAUCGGACGGACCAGUCACCGUGGCUUCGUACAGGAGAAGACAUCAGCUCGCGGAGGAGGUGCCGGGACUGUACAUUCGGCGCCUCACUCUCGAGGACCCCAGGAGCGCGAGGGAAGCCUCGAGUUCAAGGUCGCAGUCUCCGCCACGCCGUAUCUGUCAUCCUACCACCACCGGUUACGCGCCCUCCUCCAGAAGAUUCUCCAGUUAUAGGUCGUGGUUGGAGAGGAUCCGGAAGGAGAGGCCGCCGUUCUUGACGAUCGUCUCUCUGCAGCUGCCAGAAUCGCCGAUCCCGUUGAUCGAAUCGCAGGCGAGCGCGCGAUCCAGGGGUGUGGGAAACAUCGGGGACGACGAUGGCGAGGAGAGGGUCGGCUCGUCGGCGAUCGGUGGCGAGACGGGGACAGUGGAGGAGUUGGAACGAGGAGGCGGUGGAAGGAAGAGGAGGCGGUGGAGGAAGCGCGGCGGAGGGCGCGCAAGGGGAGAGGAGUUGUUGGAAUGCACGAAAGGAGCAGCUCCAACCCUCGAAGAAUGCAGCAAGAACGUUGUCGAAGGUCCGAGAGGCGAGGUACGAUCAUCGAGGCUCGAUCUCCGCGACGCGGCGAGAUGCGUCCGUGGCGAGAUGUCCGGAAACGUUGGGGUGGAGAUCGGAGAAGGGACGGAGGAGGGUUCCAGCCCGGAAACGACUCGCAACACCAUACGGAUCGCGAUGAGGCGCGCGGGGUGUAGGAGGAUCGAGAGCGGCGAGAUCGAAACGGAAGGAAACGGAAGAUCGAGGCCGGAAAGGAGUGGGAGAAACGGCGUUGAGAGGAAGGAGGUGGCCGAGGAGGAUGGCGAAGGUGCGAACGACGGCUUGGAUUUCACGUUGAAUUGCAGCAGCGUGCGACUGAUGUAUCGCGACGCGAGGCAGAGGAACGGUGAAAGGCGACAGAGAACGGAAACGCGGAAUUAAUCUGCGCGAGCUUUGUUCGGGAAUCGCUCGAAAUUCGUGUACUCGAACAAUGGAGGGUCGUUAAUUGUUCUUUCCGAUUCCGAAUGAAAAAUGUUUCCGUUUCAAGGGGGGGGAGGGGGGUGUAAUGAAAACGGGCGUUGGAAGAACUUGGAUGGAAAGUUAAUUGAGAAAAAAAGAAGAGAGAAAAAAAAGAAAUUCGAUUAUUCGUCCAGUCUGUGUUUACGGAAUGAUUUGAAAACACGAUAUUUCAAUAAUUCCAAAGAGCGUAGAAAUUUCAAUUUGAAGUCUUGGCUUCUUGUUAUAUCGAGAUACAUUGUGCUCGAAAUGAACCACGAACCAAUCAUGUUAUAUUAAAUAUUUUCGAAUAUAUACCUCCCCCCCUCCUCCAUGUAACCGCAAAUUAAAUAAAUAAACACGCGGGAAAGAAAGGAAAGACGCAACGACGAUUCGACGACGUUCGAUGUACCAAAAUUGUGAAUUCGAUCUUUUUGGUGGAAAAAAAUGUGAUCGUGACGGUCGAGCGGUAUCGAAACGUGGAAUUAUGGCGGUAAGGAGCGCGGCGACCAAGCAGAAAGGAAUCCGGGCCGUGAAGGAUCGAUCCCCGAUCGCGGGAAGAUCCGAAUUAAAGGAAUUCCUGCGCCACGAUCGCGUCGAUGCCAUUAGCCUCCAUUUCUUCCUCCGGUGAAAAAAGACGGGAAGAUCGCGGCGGAGGAAAGCUUUCGGGUCCAGGGCCGGCCGAAACCAUGAAUCUCUCGCGCGGUAAUAAAUCGCGAAUCGUUCCCUUCAUUUCCACGAAACGCACACCAACGUGUACGCACACUCUCGCGACCGCGCCCAGUUAGCCUAUUAAUUAGCUCGCCUAAUAAAUCGCGACUGGCCCCCGGCAACGAGACAGAGAGAGCGCUUCACCCAUCGUCCUCCUCUCCUCUCGUCCAAAGAAAGAAGAAGAGCCAAAACACGCGGGCGAAGAAGAAGAAGAAGAAGCGUACGAGUUUCGUCUCGCGGUGGACCGAGCACAAGAGAUGAGAAUCUCGAAUCUAGGCUGGCCCCUUGGAAGGCCAAGCCAGUCCAAACCGGGUGAGAGAAGUUGGCCAGCUUCUCUCCUCUUCUCGUCCCUCCUCUUCUCUUCUCUCUUCCUUUCCCUCUAGUGUCUUCCCUUCCUCCUCCUCCUCCUUCCCUCCCCCUCCUUUCCUCUUCAACGCCUGGUCCCUGCUCCUCCUCGCAUUUUUAUUUUGUCUGUGCUGUGUGCGCUGCUCCUUCGUAGGGCGAAAAUGGUUCAUGGCCGUUCCUAACCGCCGAUUUCGUCGCGGACAUCCUCGCCGCAGAGGAAUCGACCUCUCCUUGCUUCUCUCCUUGCUUCCACCGACAAUCGUUUCGACCACGACAAUUUUGCGCCGUGUAUGUAUCCUCCUCGAAAUCCCUCCCCUCCUCUCCCUCGAGAAGAUAGAAUUUCGGAGCGGAGAGAAUUCAUUGUGCGUAGGAUAGAAUAGAUCGGGGCGGGCGGGGGAGGACGGAGGGAGGAUUGUAAUAGGUAACGAUUCGAAGACGAAAAACGAUCGAGUUAAGUGGGUAUUUUAGCGAGUACUUUGCUCCGUUCGGUAACCGCGACCGAGUGAAAACAAAAAAAAAAAAAAAUGAAAAAAAGAAAAAAAGUAAUGACUCGAUGAGGUAACCGGACACGAGGAUCAAGAAAAAGGAGGGACAUCGUUCUAUAAAGGGAAAUAACGACGCGGGGGAACAUUCGCUUAUGACACGGUAAUUACGCGAAUACAAUGAUUAAGCGAAUUUCUAGUUCUCGACCGUCUUUUUACUUCCGCGAUUCGACCGGGGAAAGGACUUACAACAAGGGUAUAAAAGUGUCCAUUAUUCUUCUUCUCUCCGCGAUUCAAUGGAUGUGAAACCAUCUACCUAUUAUCUAUUAAGAAGAUAGUGAAUUUCUUUCUUUUUUUUUUUUUUUCCAAAGGAAUUCAAACACCAAAAAUUAUUUUCGCCUGCCCAAAUUUCCAUCUUUCACAGCCGUAAUAAUAACGAUAAUUCAAAACAAAAUCUUUCAUUCCUCGAACGAGUUUCUUUCCUCCACUCUCGAUUCUCCAAUUCUUUCCUCGAGAAACGAUUAUUCCCUUUCUUCCUCCCGAUCUACAUUUCCUUUUCUUCAUUUUUUUUCCUCUUUUUCUCCAGCCCGUUUCCACUCUCCUUACCUCAUCCUUGAAAUCGAUUAGCGUGUUUACUCGAUCGAGACGCGGCCGGAUAACGCGAGAACAUCGGCCACGUCCAAUCGCGCGAGUCUGAAAAGACAAAGACGACUUUGUUGGUCGUUGAUGAGAUCGUGACGCCUCCUCCUUUCUUCGUCUUCUUUUUCUUCUUCUUCUUUUUCUUUUUCUUCCCCCUCCCCCCUCCCUACUCUUCUUCAUCGUCCGUUCUACGAUUAGAAGAGUGGAAGAGACGGAAGAGCGAAUAAAAGGAGGAAGAACGGAGAGAGGAAAUCGGCGUGUCGGAUGCCGCGCGCGUUAAAGAGAAAGAGAAUGGGGAAAAAAGAUAUUUCGCGUGUUAUUGCGUUUCGUGGCCGUUUCGAGCAACCGCGCGGCAGAUUUGUUCGAUUCCUUGGAAAUUAUCGAACCAGUUCGUUCAAUCGAAUCACCAUUAUGGCGAAUGGGUCGCUCGCGGGGCACGUGGUUGCUCGUAAAACUCGAUAGCGCUUGUUUGUUUAACGAUUGCCGGAUUGGAGAGAGAGAGAGAGAGAGAAAGUGUAUAUUCUCUUUCGAAUUUUAAUUUUAAUUUACAAUUAUUAUCGUUUUAGAAAAUAAUUGUUAAAGUUUCGUUUAAAGAAUUGCGUCGAUAGGUAUUAUAUCUCGGAUGAUUUUGUUCGCGACAGGCAAUACAGGAAAUAUUUUAAUCCGGGAACAAGAGUUUACGAGGACAAAUUAAGUCUCUAUCGAUCACGCGGACAACGAAAGCAGUUGUAUCGCGCGAGUUGCCAAAGAAUCGAAGACCAACAAAGGACACUGUUAACCAAGAUAACGGCCCAAUUAAAAAAAGCCAAGUGAUAAGUCUCGAUUCAAACGCUGACACUUUUAUCAGUACGGUUUCCUUCCAUUAUCUCGCUUUCUUGGAUCCGAUGAACCUCUCCUCCUCUCUCUUUCUCUCUCUCUCUCUCGUAUCACGGGUCGUGAAUAUUUCCAAGAACUUCAUAAGGAUGAAAAUAAUGGUCCGUUUAUCGUAUUAAACUGUAAUAUCGGACCCAUUUAUUAAAUUCUGAAUGAUCGGCCUUUCAACCACGUAAGAAACGUAAGGAAUUACCAUAGUUCUCGCUUCAACUAAAAAGGAAAGAAAAAAAAAAAAAUAGAUAAAAGUUGUCGAACCGAGGGAUUAACAUAAACUGGGUGCGCUGGGAGUCUCGCUACCCAGGAAUAAUCCAAGUCACGUUCCGCCCAUUCCUUAUCCCUAAAUAAAACGAGAAAUCGAGAGACUUUAUCCGUCUCGUUAUUAGAAAACUAACGACGUUUUCUCGAUCGGUUUUAAUUCGACCGCAACCGAUCGCCGCGAUUCCUCCACCACCGUAUAUAAAGUAUCUCCCGUAGAUUUCGUAUCUCUUUCUCUCCGCUUCUCUCCCCUCCCUCCUCUCCCAUCCGGAUCUCUCCCCGUCUCGGUAUCGAACUCUUUUUCCUUUACGGGCCAUUAGAAUCGCUCCAAGCUCCGAUAAAACUGGACCGGGAUUGCUCUCUCGCUCACGGGUUCCGCGGACGUUCGCGCUCCGGCGUUCAUUACCUCGAUACGAAAUUAAAGAUCAAAGUUUUCAGCGUGUCGCGUUUUAACCGGUUCCAACGUGGAUCUAUCUCGCCUCACCCGACCCAACGCUCCAACCACGCGACGACACAGUUCCAAAUUAAGAUAUCGCCCAUAUCCCGCUCCUUUAAGUGCCUCAGUCCUCCCCCCUUCCCCCCCUCGCUCGAUUACCCCCACGACAGACACCGGACAACAAUUCCGGACCAUUCGUUCAGAACUUUUCAAACUUUGUCCGACGCGAACAACCUUUUGCUCGGCAACCGCGUUCCACUCCCGUUUUCCCAUCCAGUCAGGAAUCACGAUUUAUCCCGGGACACGCGUACAGAUACCACGUAUCUGUCCUCGCGCAUUUACUUUUUUUCAUAUAACGUCGCUGAGUCUUCCUCGUUUCCUCGUUUCCUUCAAAGCGAAGAGAAGAACUUAGACGCGAUCGCGUGACAAAAUCGGAUCCUCGCGUGCCGAUCCUUUUGGCGAAGGUUUAAUUAUCGGUUCGAUAGAAUCGGAAAAAAGAAAAAGAGUCCGCGUCUACCGUUAAAAAAAACGGAGCUCGAGUCCCGAGAACGAGAAUAAAAGUACAAAGUAUUUGGUGGGGAAGAGAAGAGGGAGGGUGAGGAGGAAACGAAGAAGAGGAGGAAGGGGAAAGAUGGAACGACGUAGCGCGAUACUUUAAAAUGAUCAUCGCUUUAAAGGAUCGGAGAAUGGGCGGAGGGGGUGGAAUAGAGGAGAUAAAAGAAGUAGUAGAGGUAUAUCCUUGAUGAGCGAUCGUUAUCACGAUGAAAAUGCAGUCUCGGGAUCGAUCCACUGCAGUCGAUUCGUCCCUGGGCUUCUUUUAUUAGACUGCCAAUUUCGCGGCGCCUCCUCGCUUCCUCUCCCCCUCCACCCUUCCCUCUCUCCCUACCACCUUCUUCUCCUUCUCCUUCCCUCUUCCCUUCCCUUCCCCCUAUAUAUCCGUUUCUCAUCCGUCCAUAGUCCAUCGAGUUUUGUCUCGUUCGCCUUCCACUCUUCUUCUUCUUCUUCUUCUUCUUCUUCCACUCGCUUCAUUUUUCUCUUAACUCCUCCCAAAUCUCGUUAAUUUUGCUAUAUAUAUAUAUAUAUACACGCGUCGCUGUUUGGAGAGGAAUUCCGAUUCACCGAGUUCGCAGCUGGUUUCCGCCAGUUUAUCUCGCUCGUGAUGUCACGCGACGGGAGGAGGAGGAGGAGGAGGCACGUGUUCCGAAGGAACAUCGUCCAAAGAAUCGUACGCAUUAUGCGUACGGGGGAGUCGUCGAUUUCACAGGGGGAUUCUUGUUCGAUCGAGCUGAAAUCGAAUAUAAUUUCUCUCGAGAGGAGAAAGGGAAAGAGGAAACGUGGGCGAGUCCGGUAUUUAACUAUGCGUGAUUCGCGAAGCUUCCGCGAAAUGCAAUCCGCUCUCGAAAUGACUCCUUCUCGCGCCAUCAUUUAUCUCGAGCAGAUCCGACCGCUUGGAAGAAUUUCUGCAACUCCAGACGCCGUUUUUAUACACGUGUACGUAUAUAUAUUCUUUUAAGACGGUGAGGGGGAGGAGAGGGAUUUCAAUUUUCCUGUCACCGAGCCCCGUUCCAUCAAUCUCGGGAACCGUGGCAUCCAAGUGGAAAACGAACUCGAUGACUUCCCGGUAAAAAGGCGUUUCUACGAGUUCUACCCACUUCUUCUCUGCGAAACUAUAUUCGAUACCUUCGAAUAGAAAAACUGCAUCGUUUAGAAUCCUACUUGGAAUUGUUAAACUUUAAAUAAUUCUACUCCUUUCCUUUUUCUUUCAGGGUAAAAAUCAAUCGAUCCGUUUCGAGGUAAAUAUUUUUCCUACAAAUUUUGCGUUCGUAUAUUUCCAACAAUCGAACGAAACCUGUUGUAUACCUUGUAUAUUUAUAACACGUUUGAUUAAAUGGAAUUUUUUUUUUCCUUAGGAUUCAUUAAAAAUCUCUUCAUCGGAAAUAUUAUCUCCAUAAUUGUAAUACUUUAACGAUGUGUAUAUAUAUAUAUAUGGAAGAAAAUAUUAUCCCGGAACGCGGAAUAAAAAUGAUUCCCCCCCUCCCCCCAGCUUUCGCCAAUUCUCGUGGAGAAAAAACAGUCUCAUCCGUCUUAUUCGAGGAAAUUGAGAGGAUCGACAUCCGAGGGAAUAUCCAAGGAUCCUUCUGCUCGUUCGAUACGAAAGAAGAGCGUCGAAUAUUCAAUCCCACGAGCAAUUUCCAUUCCGUCCCGAUGAUUUCCCCGCCGAGAUCGAGUUAAUGAGAAUAUAAUCUUAGUUGUGCGUGGUCUCGUUCGUUCCGUGCACCCAAUACUCUUCCCAUUUUGCAUUCCGCGUCCUUCUUCCCUCUGCUCUGCAUCCAGUCCUUCCUUCCGCCAAUUACUCUCCGUCCCGACGUCGUCGCCCGAAAUUAUCCUCCUUCCCGCUUCGCCCACCUCCCACUCCUGCCAACCACCACGCUUUUCCACCCUUUUCUUUCGCCGAUUCUCCCAUUUUCUUUCUUCCUCUUUUUUUUUUUCCGAAGCAAACGCGAAGAAAAAUCGCUACUUUCGUAGUUCCAGCGGGAAGAAAGCGCGUUCCGUGGACGACGAUCGUUCGGAAAUUGAUUCGAGGCGAGGAGAGUUUGCUCGAAACGGAUGGACGGUCGAUCGACGGUCUUUUAAUUAAGACGUACUUUAAUCGACUUUGGAGAACGAACGCGGCGUGGCAGCCUCGUCUCGACGCCAUCGACGAAUUUUAUUAUUGUAGCCAAUUGACAUACAAUUCGAAAGACGUUGCCGAUUAUUAAACGGUGCAUCACGGUCGCACAAUGGCCCACCGACGACCGCACAGGAAGGCUUCUAUCACCGCUGAUUUAGCUUCAUUACGAUUUUUAUUAAUAAUUUCGCUAAUUGCCCGCUUUGCCGAAUAUUAAUUGGACGAGUCUGGGAACCGUGCCACGCGCGUUUCCGCCUUUUAAACUGCAACGUUAGAUUUCAUUAGAAUCUUGUCGCUUCGUGCGUGUGUAAUUCGUGAUUCGAUUUUUCCAUUUCUCCAUUACACCGUUUUAAAGAGCGUGAUACACACGUAUAUAUAUAUAUAAUAAAACAGCCUGUUGCAUAAGCCCCGGACAACUUCUCGUCCGCUGUAAAGUAACAGUCAUCGCUUCUAAGAAACUCCGUUACGAAUAUUGUAUCUGUAAGAUGUAGAGUUAGUUAAGUCAGCCGGCAGCUGUAUAAUUUAAUCUUGAUCGUGGCGUGUCCCAGAAUUAAAUUUGUUUAAACGUGUUCCAAUGGAAGCGAAUACUAUAAUUUUCGUGGGAUGAAGUAUUUGUGUAAACUUGUUUUUAUCCCGCUUGGUUUAAAAAAAAAAAAAAGAAAGAAAGAAAGAAAAACAACAAGAGAAUAAUCAACGAAUAAUCGUCGCGUUGUAAAAUAUACAUACGCACAUGUAUAAGAAACGCGAUUAAAUUAACAAAUAAGAAUUAUAAGGAUAAAAGUUGGAAGGGAAUUUUUCGACAAAUCCAUCUAUCGCUCGGUUAUUCGGUUUAGGGGACACAUUCACGAUCGAGCAGCUGCAACGAAAUCGAUGGAAUGCCGUUCUCCAAGUUGCACCAGAACUCGGCUGGUAACCCAGCCCGAUCAACGUACCGAUAAAGCACGUCGCGGCGCGGUGGCUAAAAUAAACCUUUGUCAUUUUUUUUAUUCGCACUAAAUUAAUCACCGCGGGCCGGGAAAUAUUUCACCGCAAAAUGCGAGAUGUUUUAUUAUAAGAUAACGACGACCGGUCGAAACUGCGGCCCCCUCGGCAAUAUUCCAAAUUAAUUGAUUUGAUAAACGAGUCGCGUCCAUUGAUAUACUGUUAUUCGUUAAAACGCUCGAGAACGAGAAAGCUCGAGGAAAUUUACGCGAGGAAAUAUGAAGACAAAUGUACCGAGACAAAUGCACGCCGCCGCUAUAAUAAUAACGAUUCUUCGAAACUUUACGGGCCAUCGUUUUUCUUCCUUCCUUUCUUCUUUUCUUUCUUUCUUUCUUUCUUUCUUUCUUUCUCUCUUUUCUAUAAUAAUCCGAAGGAAAGGAAGAUCGGUAUAACGAAAAUCUCAACGCUUCAUUUUUCCGAAAUUUCGAAAUUAAUCUCGAAUUUUUUAUACCUUCGUUUCCCCCUCGAUCGAAGGAAAAAUAUCGUGUGAUCUUCGAUAUCUUCGAUUUCUUCGACAAUACGAAAUCCUACAGCGAAGCGAUAAGCCCCAAUUCUUUUUUCAAACUCCGAAAAUCAACGAACCAUUAAACGCGACACGACACGAGUCGAAUAAAAUACUCAAAAAUACCCCUCCCCCUAUCUCUUUCAUUAAUCAGAAAAUCAGAGAAAAAGAAACUUACAGCCGUGUCGAAACCAUUUUCCAAAACUAUUUUCCCCUACGAUACACACAUAGGGAGAAGAAUAGUCUCGGAUCACGAUCGAGCGAAUCGAAAAGCUCGAUUCGAUCUUACCGGUCCGAUUACGAAUUCUCCCCACUCCUCGUCCCAAGUCGGCUCGCGAGAAGGAAUGCGAAUGACUCGGGGAUCCCGAGGAAAGAAAAAGUGGUUUCGGGGUGGCGAUGAACGGGUAAUUCGAUUUGCCAAUUGCUCGUUUUCUCGACGCCGUCUUCUCUUCUCCCCUGUACCCUUACGACGGCCCACCACUCGCUCGUUGAUGCCUCAACAAGUUGUAUACAUGUAAUCUGACCCAGAUCCCGGGGUCUAAGUGAGGUCUGACACGAGGGGAGAAAAGGAGGGGAAGGAGGAGAGGGAUGAUGGAGAUGGAGGCGGAGGUGGAGUAAGAAAGAGAAGGUGGAGGAAGGAGGGUUCUUCGGAAGCGGACAAACAAAAUAUAACAGCGAGAGUUACAAGGAAGGAUCCCGAGGAGAUGAAGGGUCUCCGACUAUCUCUCUUUCUCUCUCUCUCCCCCCCUCCCCGUUCCCGCUCCCCUCGCCGAUCUCCCUCAAGAUGGAGGAGAAGGAGGAAGAGGAGAAGUGUACCCUCUUGAAGCAUGAAUGGAUUACGAAGAGCCGUGUUCAUUCAUUCGCUCCUUACCGGCCUAGAAACCCACAAAAAGUGUAUCUCUCUCCUCGAGCAACGAUGGCGUAUACGCUGGCGCGGAGGAGACCCACCUUUUUGCCCUCUUUACUCACCCCACGCCCACGGGGGAUAGUAAUUGGGGUGUUGUUAAAUCGUUACGUUUAGGAAACGAUUGAGAGAGAGAGAGAGAGAGAGAGUUGUCCGUUGCUCUCGUUGAGGCUGUUUCGAGAAAAAGACCGAUUCUCCUAGUUCGAUCGUUCGUCGACGAUUUCAAGUGGCAGGAAACGAAGAAAAUUCUUCCAGUUUCUUCUUCCAGUUUCACUCGGAUACGGCUGGAUUACGUGGUUGCUCCUUCUGCGCUCUUCGUCGCCUCCUCUACCAUUUUUUUGCCUCAGUUUUACGACGGAGCAUGGAGUAACGAGCGUAUAAUAAGUUAAUCGACGUUGGUGAGAAUGAAACGGAAGAGGGAAGGUCGAAAGAUACGGAUUAAACGCGGAAAGAAAUUACGAUAGGAGGAGUUGGGUACAAGCGCGAGAAGAAAAAUAACGAUAAAGAUUGGAGCGUAGGCCGAGAUACUAUUGAAACCCGUUGACCCAGGUCGGUUUCUACCGGAGGCCUCGAGUCGUGGGAUUAUAUUCGUGGCGCUUCGUCAAUCUUAACCCGUCCUUGAUUCGUUCAUCCAUCCGUUUCUUUCGAAAGGAACGAGCCGGUGAAUUACUCUCGAAACGGCUCGUGAAACAUUUGCAUAUAAUGAUAAAUUAGAAUCGUUUACUCGUGAAUAGACACAUCCGAAUAGUUAAUUACGGUUAUUAUUUCGUCCUAUCGUAAAAUACACGUUGCCGUUAAACAACGUUUUAUUUCUUUACUACUAUUUAUAUUCUCGAGAAGUCGUCUCAAAUUUGUAUUUAAUUGAUUCAAGCCUGGAGAAAGAAACUGAAGAUUAUUAAUGAGAAAUAGGAAUAGUCGAGACUUCCAAUAAAGUCGUGAUCGAUCACGAUCGAACAAUUUCUUCGCAGCCUCCGUAUACGUGUUUCGCGUGUUCUCAUAGGGUAAACACGUUUCGACAUAUCGGGUCAACGGAAUCGCGAAGAAGAUCGAAAGGAAUAUACGUCGCGAGAAAAAAAAAAUCAUUCCGCCUUUGCGGAAUUUCAAGAAGAUUCGUCCUCUUUCGUUUUUCCAACACCGUUACCUCUGUUCUCGAAAUUCUCGAAAAUUUUACAAGUUAAAAAAAAAGAAAAGAAAAAAGUGCCGAAUCUCCGAAAAUGAAAAUCAAUCGAGAAAGCAACAUCGAUCGUCGAACGAGUACGACAGCUUAACGAGAUAUCGUUAAGCAAGGAGGGAAGCCGAAGCCACGAGUUUGACCGACCUUUCUCAAACUUGGAGAUCCAUUGAGGAAGGAGGGCAAAGGUCUUUUAAUGGAGAUGGGAAAGAAGCGAGAAAGACGGAAGGAAGAGAUGGAAGUAAGAAGACAAGAUUUUGCGGAGGGUCGUUUGCUUUUUGCCCGUCUGAGAUGUCGUCGGCAAACGUGUGAAGAAGCCAUCGUCUUCUCGCGACGUUUUGCGGCUAAUUGAAAGCGACAGUGACCCAUUUAUAGUGCCCCACCUAUAUGCCACAGAUUCUUUUUCUUCCCGCGAUGCCGGACGUGACGAUCGUAAAAGGAAAGAGGGGAGAGAGAAAAAAAAAAAAAAAAAGAAAA